GGGGUCCGGCGCCCGCCGCUCCGCCUGGGGGCCCGAGACCUGUCGCUCCGCCUGGGGACCCGGCGCCCGCCGCUCCGCUUGGGGGCCCAAUGCCUGUCGCCCUGCCUGGGGGCCCGAUGCCUGUCGCCCCUCCUGGGGGCCCGGCGCCCGCCGCUCCGCUUGGGGGCCCGGUGCCUGUCGCCCCGCCUGGGGGCCCGGUGCCUGCUGCUUCACCUGGUAAUCCGAUGUGCCUCUGCCCGGAGUCCAGCCCGAUGUGCCUCUGCCCGGAGUCCAGCCCGAUGUGCCUCUGCCCGGAGUCCAGCCCGAUGUGCCUGCCCGGUGUGCCGCUGCCAGGAGUCCUGCCCGGGGUGCCGCUGCCCGGAGUCCUGCCCGGCCGCUCCUUGAGGGGG